AUGUCGGACCCGGCGGCGCAGGCCUCCCAACCCCGGCUCGUCCAAGCCCAGACCGCGGGGUCAGCUGGGUCCAGUACCGCCGCGACGGGCUCCGGGUCGGGAAACAGCGACCCAGCCAGACCGGGACUUAGCCAGCAACAACGUGCGAGCCAGAAGAAAGCCCAAGUCCGGGCUUUCCCACGGGCGAAAAAGCUCGAGAAACUUGGCGUAUUCUCCGCAUGCAAGGCCAUUGACACAUGCAAGUGCAACGGAUGGAAAAACCCAAAUCCCCCCUCGGCCACACGUAUGGACCUGCAGCAGCAAGCCGCCAGCCUCGGCGAGCUGUGCCGUAGCUGUGGACAUGCUCUGGCUGACCACGUGUCCCACUUGGAGAACGUGUCUGAGGAUGAGAUGAACAGGCUGCUGGGGAUGGUGGUGGACGUGGAGAACCUUUUCAUGUCUGUGCACAAAGAGGAGGACACGGACACCAAACAGGUCUACUUCUACCUGUUCAAGCUGCUGAGGAAAUGCAUCCUGCAGAUGAGCCAGCCGGUGGUAGAAGGAUCCCUGGGAAGUCCACCCUUUGAGAAGCCCAACAUUGAGCAGGGGGUUUUGAAUUUUGUUCAGUACAAGUUCAGCCACCUGGCACCAAAGGAAAGGCAGACCAUGUUUGAGCUGUCAAAGAUGUUCCUCUUGUGCCUAAAUUACUGGAAGCUGGAGACACCGACGCAGUAUCGCCAGCGCACCCAGAAAGACGACGGGACGGCGUACAAAGUGGACUACACAAGGUGGCUCUGCUACUGCCACGUCCCCCAGAGCAACGACAGCCUGCCGCGCUAUGAAACCACUCACGUGUUCGGGCGCAGCCUGCUCAAGUCCAUCUUCACGGUGACCCGCCGCCAGCUCCUGGAGAAGUUCCGAGUGGAGAAGGACAAGCUGCUACCGGAGAAACGCACACUCAUCCUCACACACUUUCCCAAGUUCUUGUCCAUGCUGGAGGAGGAAAUCUAUGGGGAUAAUUCACCAAUUUGGGAGGCUGACUUCACCAUGCCUGCCUCUGACGGCACACAGCUGGGGCAUCAGUCAGGGAUCAGUCCCGCCGCAGGGUCCGGCUCCCCCGCGCUGCCCAAAGGUCUGAGCAGCAUGUCCUCUGUGGGCAGCUUGGACGCCGGCGCCGCAGAGCCCCACACAGGGGAGAAACGCAAACUGGAGGUGUUGACGCUGGAGGACGCCAAGCGGAUCCGCGUGAUGGGAGACAUUCCGAUGGAGCUGGUCAAUGAGGUCAUGAUGACGAUCACUGACCCUGCCGCCAUGCUCGGACCGGAGACCAACCUUCUGACUCCAAACGCUGCCCGCGACGAGACCGCCAGGCUGGAGGAGAGGCGGGGGAUCAUCGAGUUCCACGUCAUCGGAAACUCGCUGUCCCAGAAGUCCAACAAGAAGAUUUUGAUGUGGCUGGUCGGCCUGCAGAACGUCUUCUCUCACCAGUUACCUCGCAUGCCCAAAGAGUACAUCACGCGGCUGGUGUUCGACCCGAAGCACAAGACCCUCGCCCUCAUCAAAGACGGCCGCGUCAUCGGAGGCAUCUGUUUUAGGAUGUUUCCCACUCAGGGCUUCACGGAGAUCGUCUUCUGUGCCGUCACGUCCAAUGAGCAAGUUAAGGGCUACGGUACACACCUGAUGAAUCACCUAAAGGAGUACCACAUCAAACACAACAUCCUCUAUUUCCUCACUUACGCCGACGAGUACGCCAUUGGCUACUUCAAGAAGCAGGGCUUCUCCAAAGACAUCAAAGUCCCGAAAGGACGGUACCUGGGCUACAUCAAAGACUACGAGGGAGCCACCCUCAUGGAGUGUGAGCUCAACCCAAGGAUCCCGUACACGGAGCUCUCUCACAUCAUUAAAAGACAGAAGGAGAUUAUCAAGAAGCUGAUCGAGAGAAAACAGAGCCAGAUCAGGAAGGUUUACCCGGGUCUGACCUGCUUCAAAGAGGGCGUACGACAGAUCCCGGUGGAGAGCAUUCCAGGGAUAAGAGAGACGGGAUGGAAACCCAGUAACAAGGAUAAAGGGAAAGAGGUGAAGGACCCCGACAUGUUAUACAACAUGUUAAAGAACCUCCUGGCCCAGAUAAAGACUCACCCCGAUGCCUGGCCCUUCAUGGAGCCCGUCAAGAAAUCCGAGGCUCCGGAUUACUACGAGAUCAUCCGCUUUCCCAUCGACCUGAAGACCAUGACGGAGAGACUUAAGAACAGGUACUACGUGACCAAGAAGCUUUUCAUUGCCGACCUUCAGCGAAUCAUCACCAACUGUCGCGAGUACAACCCUCCAGACAGCGAGUACUGCAAGAGUGCCAACACCCUGGAGAAGUUCUUCUACUUCAAAUUAAAGGACGCAGGACUUAUUGAGAAAUGAAAUCCGCAGAAUUAUUCAGAUUUCUAAACCGAACGCGGGGCGAUGUUCACUCGCCCCCCCCCCCCCGACGAGGAAGAACACAUCGCAAAGCUAUUGGCAUAUCUGCGUUAAUAAAAGGGCAUGUACGCGACCGCCACGGACCGCUAUCCGAUCAAGUUGAGCAAUGCAAAGUGUCAGAAAGACAUUUAUCUUUAAGUUGCUCCUUUCCAGUACUCCCAGUGGGUCGAGAAUCCACAUGUUUCAUUAAGUGUACCAAAGUUAUAGGUCCAAGUUAUAACCACGCCACACUUUCCACCAUUUAUUUAUAGUAUGAUUGAUUUGUUUUUUGUUGCAUGUAAUGACAUUUGUUUGUACCAAUUUGCUUAAAACUUGUCACUGUAGCAGAGAUAUACGUAGAGUUCUUUCAUAGAAAACUGGACCUCGGGACCUAAAGCCACGUUGCCUUUCAUUACUGACAGACACUUGAACGUCCUAGCCAUCUUUCAUGGGUAUAAAGACAAAUGUUGCUGGUGGUGUGAAGUCCUUAAAGCACUUAACACCACUGAGUAGUCUUGAAGCAAUUCAGUUGUUUGGUUGAAUAAUUAUUAUAACGUGGUUGUAAAUGAAGUGCAAACACUGAACGCAUGACGGUCAGAGCUUUAGUUUAAUUUUAUGGCCUGAAGAGAGCAAUUUAUUUAUCAUUAAGCAAUAUUAUUUUGUAUCAUCUGCUAACCGAUGAUAACACAUUUGUUGCCUCCUGGUUCUCGAGUAGGUCGGCAGGGCAUAAAAUAUUGCUAAACAAAAUAAUUUCCCCAAUGGUUGCCUUUUAAGAAAACCCUCUUUUCAUGUUAAGACAACGUCGUGGAUGUGUAGUUUACACCAUUAAUAUGAUCCCCACUGUUUACACAUCAUUUUCCAUCGGCAGGGGUUCGUUCCCAACUUUUUAGGUCACACUCUAGUUGAGCUUCUACCACGACGGCAGGUGUUGAUACUUUGGUUGUCUUGCCAGACUCACACAUGAGCUCAGUAGCCUAUUCAGUUUUACUAAAUGACAGUUGACUCUUUGAAUUAUAUUUUCUUUAAUGAAAAAAGGUUUAGCUGUUGUUUUUAUGCUGACAAACUUUUAAAUAUUUGGUCAGCGCUUCCUGCGUUGCAUCCUUUCAUUGGAAGUCGCUGUCCGAUGCUCGUUGAGUCUGCUUGUUGGAUGUUUCGUUGACGUGUGUGUGUUUUUUGUACUUGAAUCACGACUAGCUUUGAGUUACUAAAGUGAUGUCAGCAUUGCAUUAUUCAGGGUUGUCGUUUCUGUAUUUUCCCCCAUAAUCUAUCUAUGCUGCAUUUCAGAUUUUCUUAAAGGGUCAGUCUGAGGAAAGGUUCCACCUGUUAGAGGAUGGCUACUGUCUCUAGUUGCCGUUCACUGGAAGUGUAAAACUAUCAAUGACUAUUACUUCAUAUUAAUAUAUAACUCUCUCGUCAGUUGACUUAACUGAAUCAGCGUUUGUGUGACAAAAUGAAAGACCCUGCAAGAAAAACCUUUCACUUGUGAUACUACCACAAUAUCAACAAUGGGCGUACCAGAUUAGACAAAAAUAAAGAACUGAUCAGAA